AUGAUGGGCUUCCGGCAGAAUGCUGAAGCUUUGGAAAAGUCAAAGCAUCUGAGAGUAUUGAUUCUCAAAUUUAAGGCUGAUGCCUUCGUUGAUUCAAACACCACCUAUGCCGAAGUUGGUGGUGUGAAAGUAGUGAAUCCAAAUGGAACAUGCUUGAGUUGUGACUCUCAGGCAGUUUGCUCCUCUCCAGACGAGCCUGAAGUCAAGGGAGACUCAGUGCAGAAAGCCUGCCGUGGUGAAAGAUGGAGUUGGAAGGUAUCACCUUCUUCUAAGUUCGACAUCAUGAUCCAGUUUCCGCUGUCCAAGCUGAAAGAAAGAGCAGAUUUUGGUGUUGUGGUCACCAGCGCUGUUGACUCAUCAGGCCAAAAUUCUGCACAGCAGCAAGCACGGCAAGUACGAAAUUGGGUGCUAACCACUGUAUUGGGCACCCAAGACACGUCGACUGGAACAUGGCUUCGAUCAGCUUGGUCCAAGGUGGCAGUGAACCUCAAUGGAGACUUCCGCUCCGUGGUCACAGGCACUCAGGGUGCGGUCCUGACCAAGGAUGAAUCCUUUGGCAAGGCUUUUAAAGGAAAGCCCAAAGUCACUGAAUGUGAGGAGGACUUGACCCCAUACAAGCUCUCUGGUUGCGCAGCAGAAUUUUGCACUUCUCCACCGGCUUCACCGGCUUACAUAGUGUCCGAGAACAGCUUGGCAAAAGGCGAUUUCAUGGUGGAGGUUGCGUGCAAGAAGCCUUACUUUGGUGAGCCGGAAGCAACAGUGUGCGCAGGGGAUGGCAAACCAUACGAACUGUCUGGCUGCGAGCUCACGACAACCACCAUCACCACUACAACGACCACAACUAGCACGACCACCCUGACGACCACUUCUACUUCAACCUCCACAACAGAGACCAGCACGACCACUACAACAAGCACCUCAACCACGACAGAGACGACAACGACAACUUCCACCACUGAAACUAUCACCACUACAACAACAACCACCAGUACAUCAACCUCCACCACCACAGCCACAACUACAACAACAAUUGUAGUGUGUUCAGAGACGGAGGACAAAGCAUACAAGCUGACUGUCACAAGUUUGGAGGUGCCAACAUUUGCUGUUGCAGCUUCAUGCGCUGAUGGCUAUGAAGGCGAUGCGAAUGUAGAGGCCUGUGAAAAAGAAAAUGAACCUUUCAAGCUCACUGGAUGCAAAGAGAUCGUAUGCCAAACGCCUUCCGAUACCUCUGGGUAUGUGUUGACAGAAACCAGCACAGCCGCCAGUGACUUUAAGAUUUCUGCACAGUGUGCACCGCUUUUUCAUGGGAAUGCAACUGCUGUGAUGUGUGCCACAAGUCGUGAGACGUAUGAGCUGAAAGGCUGUUUAGCCGAUGAAUGCAGCUCUCCGGACGACAGUACAGGGUAUGCAUUGACGGAACACAAUCUGAGUUUGAAAGGCUUCGAUGUGCAAGCGAAUUGUGCCGACGGCUACACAGGAGUUGCGCAGGUUCGGAAGUGCACCAAAGAUGCCGAAGCCUAUAUCGUGGAGGGCUGUGAGAGCACCACCACAUCCACAACCACAACUACCGAAACAGAGACAUCCACCACCACCACGACAGUCACGGAAACAAUAACUGUGACAGAGACAAUCACAACAACUACAACCAGCACAGAGACAAUCACAACAACUACAACCAGCACAGAGACAUCCACAACAACAUCUUCAACCAUUACAGUCACAGAAACAUCAACCACAACGACGACAAUUACCUCGACCGAGACCAGCACGACAACGCUAACUUCAACGGAGACCACUACAGAAACCAGCACAUCUACAUCCACAAGUACAUCAACGACCACUACCACAUCUACAACAACAAUUACAGAGACCACCACCAGCACAACCUCAACCACAAGCACCUCUACUGUCACAUCAACUUCCACCACGACAACUUCAACAAGCACCACCACUAUUACAGAAACGGAAACCUCCACCACUACUAGCACAACCAGCACAACUCAAACAAGUACAUCCACGAUGACAACCACAUCAACGCUGACCACUACUACAACCACCACAUCAACGUCGACACUGACCACCACCAGCACAACAUCAACAUCGACAGUCACAAGCACUACAACUACAUCCACAACCACAGCCACCAGCACCACCACGACGUCCACGACAACAAGCACCACAACAACAUCAACAUCUACAAUUACCAGCACAACCACAACCACAACAUCCACCACCACAAGUACCACUGCUACAACGACAUCCACAACGACUGCGACUACGACGACCAUCACCACUACAGAAACCAGCACUACCACCACAAGCACAUCGACAGUCACCUCCACUACUACGACCUCCACUAGCACCGUCACCACGACAACAUCAACAUCUACAACAACAAUCCAGGCAGUUUGCAUCGCCCCAGACAGCACUGUGGGCUAUUUGGUGUCAGAGAACAACCUCUUCGUAGAUCAUUUUGCUGUGUCAGUGACGUGCAACAAAGGCUACGAGGGUACGCCUGUUGCUACUGCUUGCAGCAAGCAUUUAGGUGCAUUUUUGCUCAGUGGCUGCACACCUGCGCUGUACUGCAAAGCACCUGUCAACACAGUGGGCUACCUGGUCACAGAGAACAAAUUGGACAUUGCUAACUUUGAUGUAGCGGAUUCUUUUCCGUCAGCGCCCAAUGUGCGCCUGGCUAUGCUGCGAACUCAGUCUAUUGUCUCAAGUACAAGCCUACGAUAUCCUACGAUUGGCCCUGAAAUCCUCCGCAUUGACUCCAAGGUUGAGGAAAGCUCGCAACAUGCCAGGAGUCAAGAAGGAGGAAUCGAUGGACAAGAGUGCAACAGGAAGCAACGACAAAGAAAGGUCGAGAUCGCCUCGGAGAACCGUCCGUUUUCCCUCGAUGAGUCCUCCUACCAGAAGGGAAUACAAAGCAGCCACCAUGGACAAGAUCGACAGAAGCCCAAGGAGGAAUCAGAGGCCUCAGGAUCGAACUCCACUCCCAAGAAAGCGAAGGAGACCUGUGACACCAGAUGCACCACGCAAGGCGUGCCAACCAUUUGGCUACCGCCGCCGGCGCCAUGGACAUACAUCACGGUGGCGGUCAGCGGCAUCACCCUCCUAUGCCUCAUCUUCGGCACGAAGGCGUGUUGCAAGUCCUGCUGGGCAACUCAGACGACGCAGAACAAGAAAGCCAUCCAAGCAGGUCUGGAGAAACCAUCAACUUCUGGGGAGGGAAUGCUUCCUAGUCCUGGAUUAGAUGGAGGAGGACAGGAAGACACCAACAACCUGCUCGGCACGAUGGUUUCGGAACAAGGCGAAGACAACACAGCGGGCGAGGGGUCAACAAUGAGUGAAGGAGGCCACAAAUUCCCUCCUUCACCACCUACAGCGAGUGGUCCACCAUCGCCGCAGAAGAAUGGAGGACCAUGGUGGAAAGAAUUGCUGGCUUCCCCGGUCAAGAAACUCAGGCUGGGACACUGGAGCCAAAGGUUUCAGAACGUCUUGAUGCCAGACCUGAAGCUUCCACCACCGACGAGACCUCAUGCGGAAGAACCCGUGGUACAGACACCCUCACAUGUGGACGCCAGCCGAAAGACGAGAAAAGGGCGGGGAACUCCGUCAGGGAACGCUAGAAGGAGAGACCUCCCCAAGCGCCCUUCAGCUCGAAACUUGCCAAAGCCGUGCAGGCGGAAUGCGGUCAAACUGGCAACAUCCAAGAAGAAGGCAGAGGACUUGGUGAAGAAGGUGGAGAAGGACUUCUACGCCAACUCAUCCAGGGCAGCGCAAACGUCCAGAAGGAAAACAGUCGAGAACAUACUGAAGGCAGGGGAGCGGACAUUGCCCCUCACCCCUACGGCACUGAAGUUCGUGGUGGGUAUGCUGAAGGAAGCGGGUUACAAGUCAGCCCAAAUCUACUUGGCAGAGGCAAAGAAUAUGCACGUGGAGAAGGGCUUUCCCUGGAGUCAUUUACUAGAUCGAAAUUACAAGCUGUGCUCGGCAGCAGCAAAAAGGGGCGCAGGCCCACGCAAGAAAGCAGUGGAAGUGGCGGAACAUCAGUGGGCUUCGCGUCAACUCUUGGACGUUACGCCACCACGAGGCAACAAAGUCAGCCUUCCAGCUCAUUUGUUUGCAUGCGGUGUACAUUGGAUGAUGAGGGAAAUCGAGUUGGCGGCGUUGAGAUCAUCCAACAUCAGCUUUGAGGCGCACAACCGAACGGUCACCAUCACCUGGGAACAAUCCAAAAUGGACUCAGAGUGCAGAGGGCUGGCCAGGACACUACAAUGCAUCUGCAGCGACGGUUGCGACAUGCGAUGCCCGUACGCAGUCUUGGAAGUGUUGGUCAACAAUGCGGCUUUGAAGGGCGCGAAGGAUGGCCACAUAGCCUUCAACGACAAGGGCGACUCCGCCACCAAAGCAGAGAUCGUGGGUGACUGGCAAAAAUUGCACGGAGAAGCAGUGUCAGGUCACUCCACUCGGAGAUCGGGCGCUCUGCAAAACAUUCGCAAAGGAUGGGCAGUCAGCCAGGUAGCCUAUCUCGGCCGAUGGAAGAGCAACGUUAUCCUAGAGUAUGCCCAAGAGGCGCUGGAGACCAUGGCCAUCAACGCAGGGAACACGUUUGGGAAGACAUCCGUGGAGGCGGACACGGGCACGAAGGGUCUAUCAUUGUCAGACAUGCUGACCCUGAGCAAACAAGUAGAGUCCAAGGUGGACAAAGCACAGGUACAACGCCUGAAAGAGGAGUUGGAAAUGUUCAAGGCGGACACGAAGGGAGCCAGCGAAGCCCUCUCAGGAGCUAUGAGAACUAUGGAGGACAAGCUGAACACGUCCGCAAAGUAUCUACCUCCCUUAGUCCGAUCAGCACGGCAUCAAGUCACCCAUCUCAACCACAAAACCUUGGUCUUCUCUCCCUUGACGACGUGGAGGACCGCGUGCGGCUGGUAUUACUACUUGGCGAACUAUCAGUUCGUGGAGGGAGACGAAACCUGCGUGACGUGCACAAAGUGCCAAAUGUCCGCGCAGCGCAAGGAGGUGGAAAAGGCAGACAUUUAA